UUACAGCAUUUAAUUUGCACUACUGUGCAAUUAAAUUUUGAUUGGCCGGCGUAAUUUGGUUUCUUAUAAUCACAAUGACCAUAUAUAACCUGUACAUAUUCGACAAAUUUGGUACACUGCUGCACUACGCCGAAUGGAAUCGUACGAAAAGUUCAGGAAUUACCAGCGAGGAAGAAUACAAACUUACAUAUGGCAUGCUGUACUCCAUUAAAUCUUUUGUAAGCAAAAUUUCACCCCACGAUCCUCGCGAAGGUUUUCUCUACUACAAAACAAAUCGGUACGCUUUGCAUUAUCUGGAAACUCCUUCAGGAUUAAAAUUUGUGCUUAAUACGGACACAGCAGUCAUUAAUGUCAAAGAGCUGCUGCAGCAACUAUACGCCAAAGUUUGGGUCGAAUACGUAGUGCGAGAUCCACUUUGGACGCCCGGAACGGUAGUUACUUCAGAGUUGUUCCAAAGCAAACUCGAUGAAUUUGUCAAACAAUCGCCUAUAUAUGGAAUAAGAAAUAUUUAAAAACAAACAUAAUAGGUAAAA